AUGGCAGUUGAUCCUGUGGCCUCGAAAUUCUUCCAGAAGCACCAAGCGGAAGAAGCAAAUGCAAAGUGCUGCGACAGCGUGGGGUCAAAAGCAGAAUGGGCAUCGGUGUCUCACGGCAUCUACAUCAGCAUAGAAGCUGCUGGAGUACAUCGAAGUUUGGGGGUGAAACGAAGCUUCGUUUUGUCCACAAGCUUAGAUAGUUGGAAACCCGAGCACCUCAAGAUGAUGCAACUUGGAGGAAACCAGCGUUUCCACGACUUCAUGUCCCAGCACGUGCCGAAAGAUAUGCCCUUGCGGCAAAAAUACCUCACGCGAGCAGCAGAGUGGUAUCGAGAAAAUCUUCGAGCAGAAGCUGAAGGCUUAGAACCUCCAGCACCCUUGAAGCCAGGAACUGGCCAUCUCUUGCUGGAGAAGCUUUGCUGCAGAGCAUGUCCAUCGCCGCGCUUCUGUUCUGAUUAA